GGGGAGGGGAUGGCCGUCCGACUGGAGCCUCGCCUGGACGGGCUCAGCCUCGCGGCCGUUCCGCGUCUCCCCGGCCGAAAAAGAGGCACCCGGCGGCUGGAGGGAGGAAUGCUUUGUGGGCAUCUUGUGGCUGAAAUCAAGAAAGAACUCGAAAGAACUUUUAGGCUAGAUGAAGAGACAGCUUUAAGAAGCUUGCCGUUGUGGGAAGAAGUGUGGCGUUUAGGUGAAAAAGAAUACAGGUGCUGCUGAAACUCAAUGGAGGACUUCACCCGCUUGGGUUACUGCAUUGUGGCCGGCAGCUUCGUAGCCUUCCAGUUCUCCUUCUCAGCCCUCAGCCCUCAGCUGUCCUUGUCCUUGAGCCCCAGCUACUCCAGCCUCCCUGCGGUCAAGCAGAGUGAAUGGAAUUCCAGAUGUGUGUCUACUCUCCAUGCGGUGAUUGUCGGCCUCUUCUGCCUCUACAUCCUCUGGUAUGAUGAUGCUGUAAAUGCCAACCCUAUCUGGGGAGAUCCUUGGUUGGUCAAACUGAAUGUAGCGGUCACCUGUGGCUACCUGCUCUAUGAUCUGUUGCUGCUAGUGCGCUACUGGAAGACCCUGGGGGAUUCUCUUUUCGUGUGCCACCACUUGGUGGCGCUCUAUGCUUAUGGAUACGUAUUGAGUCGUGGAGUGCUUCCCUAUUUUGCCAACUUCCGUCUCCUUUCGGAACUCUCCACACCCUUUGUCAAUUUGCGGUGGUUCCUGGAUGCAGCUGGCUGGCCACGUACUUCAAGUCUUGUUCUGGCCAAUGGCUUUGCUAUGAUGGUAGCGUUCUUUAUGGUGCGCAUUGCUGUCAUCCCCAGCUAUUAUAUGCAGGUGUACUCUUGGUAUGGAACUCCUGAAUAUGAACGUUUAGGCCUGGGUGUCCAACUGGCCUGGAUUGGGCCAAGCCUUGCUUUGGAAGUGCUCAAUUUGAUCUGGAUGUACCGUAUUGUCCGUGGCUUCUACCGAGCUUUAGGCUGGUCAAAGACCGACAAGGCAGCCUGAAGAAAGGAAAGUGAUGGUACUUGACCUGGAAGACCCACAUUCUGCUGGACAAAAAUAAAUUCCCUCUUCUAAUCCCCUUAGAAGCCAGUAGCUCUAGGAACUGCUCCUGACUGCUCCCAGAUUCAUGGAAAAAUGGAGCAUAUGGUUUUCCAUUCAAUCAAAGAAAGGUCUUGGCCAAAUUGACUAGGUUCAGCAAUUUGCCAUCUUCUAGAGAUGGGGCUGUACAGGGCUGAAGAUAGGCAGGUUUAAAAUGGAGGUAUAUCUAGCCUAACCUUUGGCACAAAUGGAAAUGCUUGAGAGAUAAGAGUUUGGGGGACUCUGCUGACAUUCCACAGGACUUUUGAACGAGAUUUCAUAUAGCUCUGUAUAGCUAAACAGGUGAUGUUUCUAAUAUUUCAGGAAUUUAACCUCUUUCAGCUAUCAAAUCUGUCCAUGGUGAUGAUGAUGAUCAGGUACUGUUUCUUCCUAGGAAGAAAAGACUGGCUUUUGGGCCAUGUUUAGUGGUAAAGAGGAUUGAAAAUAGUGGAAGGAUAAG